AUGGAGGCAGCCACCUAGCUCAGCGGAGCAGCGUACGACACAGCAGCGUCCUCUGGAUCCCCGAGGCAGCGGCAGCUGCCACUGUCCGCUCCAGCACUCGGCAGCACAGCUACGUCUCCCCGACAGGACGCACCACCCAGGAGCGCCACGGAGCUCUCCCUGCUGAGCCCAAGCCAGGCUCGCAGCUAAUCUCUCCGGUCCCUGACGCUGAGCUCCGCUGGCGCGCAGGAAGGGACUCCGGCACCAGCUGCACUAUCCCGGAUGCCGAACGGCAACUUGGAACAACUUUAAGAUCCGACCAUUCCUCCAGUCCGUGCGGACUCUGAGCAAGUGGGCAAGCGAGAAGAUGCCUCGGCCGGGCCGCAACACGUACAGCGACCAGAAGCCGCCCUACUCCUACAUCUCGCUGACCGCCAUGGCCAUCCAGAGCUCUCCGGAGAAGAUGUUGCCGCUCAGCGAGAUCUACAAGUUCAUCAUGGACCGCUUCCCCUACUACCGGGAGAACACGCAGCGCUGGCAGAACAGCCUGCGCCACAACCUCUCCUUCAACGACUGCUUCAUCAAGAUCCCGCGGCGGCCGGACCAGCCAGGAAAGGGCAGCUUCUGGGCGCUGCAUCCCAGCUGCGGGGACAUGUUCGAGAAUGGCAGCUUUCUGCGGCGCCGCAAGCGCUUCAAGGUGCUGAAGUCUGACCACCUGGCGCCCAGUAAACCAGCGGACGCCGCACAGUACCUCCAGCAGCAGGCUAAGCUGCGGCUCAGCGCGCUGGCCGCCUCUGGCACGCAUCUGCCGCAGAUGCCGGCAGCUGCCUACAACCUGGGCGGUGUGGCACAGCCCUCCGGCUUCAAGCAUCCCUUCGCCAUCGAGAACAUCAUCGCGAGGGAGUACAAGAUGCCUGGGGGACUGGCCUUCUCUGCCAUGCAGCCAGUUCCCGCUGCUUACCCGCUCCCCAACCAGUUGACUACUAUGGGCAGCUCUCUGGGCACAGGCUGGCCACAUGUAUAUGGUUCCGCGGGUAUGAUCGACUCGGCCACUCCCAUCUCCAUGGCGAGUGGCGAUUACAGCGCCUAUGGAGUGCCGCUGAAGCCUCUGUGCCACGCCGCGGGCCAGACACUGCCCGCCAUCCCGGUGCCCAUCAAGCCCACGCCGGCCGCAGUGCCCGCGCUGCCCGCGCUACCCGCGCCCAUCCCCACCCUGCUCUCGAACUCGCCGCCUUCGCUCAGCCCUACUUCCUCGCAGACAGCCACCAGCCAAAGCAGUCCUGCCACCCCUAGCGAGACACUCACCAGCCCGGCCUCCGCCUUGCACUCGGUAGCGGUGCACUGACCCAAGAGAAGCUGGGGCUCCCUCUCGGUCACCUCUACACUACCCCUCUCACCACUUCUCCGGGUCCAGCCCUCUCCAACCUAGAACCGCUAUCCUGACUUGCCCAUUCCACCUUCUUUCUUCAAUCCUCUCUCCUAGGAGAACUUUUGGUUUUGAACCCAGAAGACAAACCAUAAACUUGCCAGAAGGCGCGUGAAAGUUGUCUUCGCCAUUCCAGGGCACCAGAGAACAUAGAGGCUAACCCAAGCCAAGCGGCCCCUCCAGAGUCCCAGCAGUGCCCCAGCAGUGCAUUCCCAUCCAAUAGGCAGGACACCCUGAUUCCCUCCUGCGCGGAGAAAACACAAACAAAAUGAAAAAGCGCGUCUUCUGAGCUUGCAUCGGCGGGGAUGGCGGGGAUGUAGACUCCGCGCAAUUUCAAGACCAGAGACACUGCUCGAGAGUGAAGCCCGCCAAGGUUGCAGCUGCACAGCAAGGGCCCGAUCUUAGCUCCUGAAAAUCUGUGGCCACAGACUCACUAAUCCUCCGACAGGCUCGCCUCCGCCCUUCAGGCCGGGAUGGGCGGAACUCUGCUUCCCCAGGCUGCGGCCCAGCCUCCCGGGCUUCUACGGAAGAUUAUUUUUCUUUCCUUCUGGGUUUUGUUUCUGGCCAGAGGCUCCCUUAGCUGGGAGUGAGGAGAGAGGCUGCUAAACUAGAGGGGACUCUUGUCCUUCACAAAUGCAAAACACAGCUAGAAGUCUCCGUUAUUGUUUACAAAGCGUGCGGUUAAAAAAAAUGUAAACAGUGAACUUGAGCCUCUGCCUGGCUAGGCGGACGAGGGGGCAGAGUCCUCUUUACAAUUACCUGUUGUAAUGUGAAUGUUUACUCUUCUGGCCAGCUUUGGG